AUGUCUGAUAGCGAGUCAUUCUCCAAGCAUGAGCCCAACGCGUUCGAUGAGGAGUCAUCGGAAGGUCUCUUUGACUCCGAUGUUGAAGCGGCAGGGCCUGAUGCCGAGGAUGGAAGUGAUACCGAUGUCGAGAUACUCGGUGAAGGGCCCAGCUCCGUCCCUAUACAUGGCAUCGGAAAGGGGCUAAUGACCACUCCGGUGCCGUUGUCCAUUGUCUAUAGCGACGGCCGCCAUGUGGGUCUAGGCACCCCUGGGGAGGCGAACGGUAGUCGCCAGUCAGAGGCCUCCACUUCCGGCCGUGGUGAGUCAGCUGCCAAACCAUCUUCCCAGCCGAGGGUUUCCGUAGUCUAUCCCAGCAAUCCUAGGGUGCCGAUGGGGGUUCCGAAGAAGCUCGUCUUCGGCGUAGAUUAUCUGGAGCCUAACAGAAUCACCGAGAGGGAGAUUGCGAGGUUUCGUGCUGAGUACUUCAUACCAGAUUCGGUAGGCAUGAGGAUCCCAAAUCCUACCGAAUCUCUAAGCAGUCCGAAGGAUGGCGAAGUCGUCUUUUUCACGGACGUACUUCUGCAAGGGGUGAGGCUCCCUCUGCAGCCCGCCGUUCAGAGGAUCCUGGCGCAGAUAGGCUAUGCUCCCGGCCAGUUCAAUCCCAACUUCUGGGUGGCGCUAAUGGGUAUGGUUAUAGCCUUCGGCAUUGCUGGGCGAGGGAGAGCCUUCGUACGAGCAGUUCUACCAUCUGUACAGCGUCACGAAGUCGAAGUGUGCCGAUCACGGGGGCUGGGUUCAGGCUAA